AUGGCCAAAACGCGGCCCCCCAACAAAUCUUCAAAGAAAAGAGCAAAAUCUGGCCUUCGUGAUGGCAGCAGAUCUACCUGGAGGAAAAUGAAUGAAGAUCCGGCAAUUUUUUUCGACCAAGCCACCAUAUUCCUCCAAACAGGGCAACCGGAAGCCGCUCUCCCUCUUGCACAACGCGGGUUGGAUAUAGCUUCAGCCGGAUCACCCGCUGUGUUAACAGGUCUGAACUUAAUCGGCGAAAUAUAUGUUGAGUUAGGAGAAAUCGAUGCGGCGCGACAACAAUUCAUGCAAGCCGUUGCUCUAGAUCCGAACGGAGAAAUUCCUGAAUCAGAAGGAGGAGGUGCAGAGAAAUUUUUAUGGCUUGCGCAAUUGAGCGAAACUGGUGGCAAGGAUAGUGUAAGCUGGUUCGAAAAAGGAGUCGCAAGUUUGAGACGGAACAUACAAUCGUUAGAGCAGAGCCGCAAGCUGGAUGAUGGGUUGGCUGCGCAAGAGCAGAAGAAAAAGUUGGCACAUGCUUUAUGUGGAGUGGUAGAAAUAUACAUGACCGAUCUAUCAUGGGAAGAGGAUGCGGAAGCUCGAUGCGAAGCAUUGGUUACAGAGGCUCUUUUGGUUGCCCCCGAUUCCCCAGAAUGCUUGCAAACAUUGGCUUCGGUUAGGAUAUCACAACUUCGACAAGACGACGCCCGGGCUGCGCUGUCAAGAAGCCUUCAAUUAUGGAAAGACUUACCACCGGAAAGCCCCUUGGUGCCAGACUUCCCCACACGGAUAAGUCUUGCUAGAUUAUUAAUGGAAGUCCGGAUGGAAAUUGAAGCGCUUGAAGUGCUAGAAAGAAUGGCUCUUGAAGACGAUCAUAGCGUUGAGAUGUGGUAUUUAGGCGGGUGGUGUCAAUAUUUGCUCGGGAAGGGCGAAAAGCUUCCCGCCAAUAAGUACGGCCUAUCAGAAUCGGAACUCCGACAAGCUACAUUACGUUCCAGCAGGAGCUGGCUAAAACAGAGCUUAAAGCUUUACAAACUAGUUGAGUAUGAGGAUUUGAAGCUGAAGGAACAUGCUGAGGAACUCGUCCAAGAUCUCCAGAAUCAGCUGGGCGAGGAUGGUGACGAUAGCGAUGAUGGCGAAGACGUGGACGGAGAGUGGGAAGAUGAAAGCGACGGUUUAGAUGAUGACAAUGAUAGUGGCAAAGACGAAGAUCAGAAAAUGACGGACUCAUGA